UUUAUUACACUACACAUUCUUAUAUUCUCAUACUUUAGUAGUUGGUGGUGUUCUUAUUUAGACCAAAGUUAUUUGAGAGAGAUAAGAAAAAAAGAGAUCUUGAUUCUUGAACUAUGGCGUCAAAACUGUUAUUGAUUACAGUGUUUAUUCUUGAUCUCAUUGCCUUUGGUUUGGCUGUUGCAGCUGAGCAGAGAAGAAGCACUGCAACAAUAAAACAAGAUGGUGAAGUAGAUUAUAAUUAUUGUGUGUAUGACUCGGACAUAGCAACAGGGUUCGGGGUGGGUGCAUUUCUGUUUGUGAUGGUGAGCCAGGUGAUUGUUAUGUUGGCUAGUCAAUGUUUCUGCUGUGGCAAGUCUUUGAAUCCUGGUGGCUCCAGGGCUUGGGCUGUCAUCCUCUUCAUUUUUUGCUGGGUGUUUUUCUUCAUCGCGGAGGUAUGUUUAUUGGCGGGUUCGGUACAGAAUGCAUAUCACACCAAGUACAGGACAGUUUUCAGUGAAACUCCUCCUGAUUGCCAAACCUUGAGAAAGGGAGUUUUUGGUGCAGGAGCAGCUUUUACUCUCUUCACUCUCAUAGUUUCACAAUUCUACUAUGUUUCCUAUUCCAAGGCUAGAGACAGCUUCCAUUCAUUCGGCAUCGAAGCUUCUGUCCCUAUGGGAAACUACAAAUGAGACACCCUCUUUAACAUACAUAUAUACAACUGUGUAGCUCCUUUAGCAAGAUUCGUCGAUGCGGUUUUCGUGAUUUUUUUUCUGAAAUUGUCGAUAUGUAUGAGUACAAUAAUAGGUGAGUAUUGUUUGUGUAUCAAUAUGAUAUUUUGACUAUCAACAUUGUUGAACUAGUCAAUUAGUAAACAAUUUUUUUUCA